UCCAAUGUGUUUCUGUAUACGCGCCGGGCAGAUUCCUCCGUAAUUCCCUCCUUAUCUUGCCAGCGGAGGGUGCCGUUGCCACGUCAGAUCCGUGUCGGAACUCAGCCGUGCUCGGCGGCGCGUGAAGAACUUGGAGGCGGUGCUCCUUUUCCUUUGUUUUUCUGGCAACGGGAAGAGGCUUCCGGGGAACCUCGCCGAUCUUCCGACCGAUCUCGCGCUCGAUUUCGAUUCUAAUUUCCGUGAUCUCCGUCCUGAUUUUAGCACCCGAUACUGCUGCUGAAUAAUGGAUUUAAGCACGCUAGAUCGUGGGCAGAUCACUGUCCUUGGAUCUGCGUUUUGCGUAAUGCUUACAAUGCAUUUCACGGUUCAGCUCCUCUCGCAGCAUCUCUUUUACUGGAAGAACCCCAAGGAACAAAAGGCCAUAAUUAUUAUCAUCCUUAUGGCGCCCAUAUAUGCAGCUGACUCUUUUAUUGGCUUGUUGGAUAUAGAAGGGAGCACAGCGUUUUUCAUGUUCUUGGAUGCGGUUAAGGAAUGUUAUGAAGCUCUGGUGAUCGCCAAGUUCAUGGCUCUGAUGUACAGUUACUUGAACAUUUCCAUUAGCAAAAACAUAGUACCUGAUGGGAUCAAGGGAAGGGAAAUUCACCAUUCCUUCCCAAUGACACUUUUCCAGCCUCACACAGUUCGGUUAGACCAUCAUGUACUUAAGCUCCUCAAAUACUGGACAUGGCAGUUUGUUGUCAUCCGUCCUACAUGUUCCAUUUUAAUGAUUACACUCCAGGUUCUUGGGUUGUACCCCAGUUGGUUAAGUUGGAUAUUCACCAUCAUUCUUAAUGUUUCUGUUUCACUGGCCUUGUAUUCCCUGGUGGCCUUCUAUCACGUGUUUGAUAAGGAGCUGGCACCACACAAGCCUCUUACGAAAUUCAUGUGCAUCAAGGGCAUUGUCUUCUUCUGCUUUUGGCAGGGAGUGGUGCUUGAAAUACUAGCUGCAGUUGGAAUCCUUAAAUCGCAUCAUUUCUGGCUGGAUGUAGAGCACAUUGAAGAAGCAAUUCAGAAUGUCUUGGUUUGCUUGGAGAUGGUUGUGUUCUCUGUACUCCAGCAGUAUGCGUACCAUGUUGCACCUUAUAGUGGGGAGACCGAAUCCAAGCUGAAGCUGAAGAAGAGGGAUUGAUGUGAGUGGACCCUGAAUUUCAUCAGACCACAUACAUGUACACCGUGUUCAAUUAGGAAGUAUUAUCAGAGAGUAUUUUUUAAAUGAAUUGAGAGACAGUCGCAGAAUCUCAUUGGUUAAUGUUUUAGUCAUUAUGCCUGUUCUGUUUUGAAGUACUGUAAUUUUGUACUUUUGGUUCUCGAUGUACAAAAUAUAGACAGAAAUCUAUUACUGGUUGCUUGAAUCUCAGGUUGUUUGAGAUGCAAGGAUGCACUAGACCAGCACAGUUCCUUUUCA